AUGACGGAUUGGCAUGCGCUGGUCGCUCAGCAUGCCGAGCGGCGCCAUCACUUGGACAAGGGCAGCGCUGCCUUUAUUCAUUUUGCAUCCCAAGGAUCCAAAAAGGUAAUCAACGUUUUUCAUGAGCCCUGGUGCAAGCUGCGCUGGGGCAAAAUUCAGGCAGAUCGGUACCUUGCUCCAUCACCCAAGGGUGCCUUUAUCAUUCGAAAGGCAUCGCAGCCAGGCGAAUUCGUGCUGUCUGUGCAAGCCGGCGUGCGCGUGUGCCAUGUGCUGCUGAAGGUCAUCUGUGGCGAGGACGAACGCGUGUUGUAUAACAUUUAUCCGACGCCACAAUGGUUCGAAAGCCUCUUCGACUUGCCCUUUAUGUUUCGUAAUCUACACGGCACGGAGCCCAUUACGCUGAGUCUUGAGGCUUCCAGCAAAGCCCAUCGUCUCAACCAAAUUCUGCGCGCCAAGAACGCCGAGGGCAAAGCAGCUGCAUCGCAGCGCCAUGGAGAAGCAGACGAAGACCCGGGUGCCAUUCUGUUCCGUGGGUACUUGACCAAGCAAGGCCGGGUCCGCAAAACGUGGAAGCGCCGCUUUUUUGAACUCUCCGAUGAUGGUCACCUUCGCUAUUUCACGGUCGCGGGUAAGGACAAGGAGCAGGGCUCGCUUAACCUCAAGAAAGUUCGCGCCGUCAUCCCGGGUGCCAAAUGUGUGGUGCAAUGGCAUCCCCAGGCCAACCCCAACUACUGCUUUGGGAUUCUAGCCUGUGAUCGCGAGCUGUUCUUGUUUGCAGACACCAAAGAUGAGCUGCAGGGCUGGCUGCAGGCGAUCCGCCAAGUUGUGGAUGAGAAGUUUGUGACCAUCACUACCCCAGAGGACAUUCGUCGCUUGGCCACCGAGGCCACUCAAGGCGCCCCAACCAAGCAACACGAGGCUGAGCGCCGCAUCACGCUGCGCGUCUUCCGCAAUGGAUCGACCGCUGCUGGCAUUUAUGUGGAGGUGCCCAAGGAUGACUUGGAUGGUGUCAAGGCCGCCAUCUCGCCGCGCGUUGGUUUUCCCGUCGUGCGCAUCUUCAACCAGGUUGGCGGAGAACACACCGUGCCAGAAACACUGCGAAAAGACGACAUUGUUUUUGUAUCCUCUGGCUCAUCAUUUGUUGGCAUGGCUACCGCUGCUCGUGGCGAAGUUGAGUAUGAUGCAGGCCGGGCUGUUGACGAAUACAAUGAUGGCUAUGCCAGUGUCGAUCCUAUGCGGGCCGUGCCCAAGGGUGGCCACUUGCAAGGUUAUGCUGACGUGAGCCUCCUUGAUCAAGACAGCUCCAACGGCACCUCAGCGCAAGCCACAACGAGUGUCGAUUCAGAGGACGAGGAUGCCGAGAUUGAUGCAUAUCACAAACCCAAAGAACAAUAUCAAAAUGUUUGCUUUGAUGACAACGAUGCUGAAAACGACGCAUACCUUGAGACGGACAUUGCAGAUAAUGAAGUCCUGCACACGACUUCGGCCCAAACGUCAGAGUCCCAAUCCUCUGAGCCAGCGAUGGCUGCUACCCCCACAACUGUUCCCGCAGCAGCCACAACUGGCCCUGUUGAGCCUGAAGCUGCUGAGCCUGAAGCUGCCGAGACCGAGGCUGUUGAGCCUGAAGCUGCCGAGCCUGAAGCUACCGAGCCUGAAGCUACCGAGACCGAGGCUGUUGAGCCUGAAGCUGUUGAGCCUGAAGCUGCCGAGACCGAGGCUGUUGAGACCGAAGCUACCGAGACCGAGGCUGUUGAGAUCGAAGCUGCCGAUCCUGGAGCUGCCGAUCCUGGAGCUGCCGAUCCUGGAGCUGCCGAGCCUGAAGCGGCUGAGACCGAAGCUGACGAGACCGAAGCUGCCGAGCCCGAAGCUGCCGAGCCCGAGGUUGCCGAGAAGGCGACUGAAGCCACUGAGCCCGAAGUGACCCAGACCGAACCCGAAGCCACCGAGCCUGAAGUGGCAAAGGAAUGCCCGAUCUCACUUGCUCACUUGGCCGCUAGGCUAACCAGCAGCUGCUUGGACCCAAAAGCUGCCCUUCCCUCGCGGAGCUGCCCCACCCCUGGCUGGCAGGCCACAUUGCAGUCGCCGCAAGGCGCACUGGCACUGGCCACGGCUCUGCUCCUGUUGCACGGCGUCCUAGGUCUCGCCACUCGCCCAUCAUGGCGGCGACUGGUCCUUCGGCUGGUGACCCUGGCUGGCACGUUCUGGCAACACCGGAUUCUCUCCACGCUCACGUCGGGUGAAGACAAGGCCAUUCGCUGGAUCCUUCUCUUGGACGUGCUCGGGGAAGCGACCAUGCUUUUGCCUGUCGGCCGUUCUGGCAUGCACAAUCGUGUUGUGCGGUCGCUGCGCGCCUUUGCACGCCUGCUUCUAGCUCUUCAGCUCAGUGUGCUCAUCGCCGCCCCCUUGUAUCAUCAUUGGUCCUCCGAGACCUGGCAAGAUGAUUCAGCAGCCUGCUGGAUUUACGCUGGCGAAUCGGCGCGCCACGGCCGAGCCUUCGACUGGUUGCCCACGGUACUACCCCGAUCAUUGUGCACGGCGCUGACCCAGGCCUGGCGCUCAGCGGACACCGUGGCAGCCUUGAUGUUUGCCGUGACGCCCACCCUCAUGGCCGCGCCCAGCGACGUGGCAACAUUGCCUCCCAUUUUGGGUCGCCUGGCCACCUGGACCGUGGCCUUGUUCAUGGGUUUCAUGGCAUGGGACUGGCGCUGGGCUUUCAUUCUCGUCGCAGGUCAGGAAGCCCUGUUGCGUCUUUGCUCUCGUGCUUCGGAGCCACAGAUCUCCCAAUCCCGGAGCAAGUGGUGGCUUACAUCAGCGGUGGCAGCUAGUCUGUUUAUAACAGCCGUGAUCUUUGGGAUGGCCGUAGCCCGCCACGACCUAAACCAAGACGUGACACUCUCCGAGCCCUUGACUCACAUUCAACACGAGCUAAAGCUGUACCAAGGCUGGCGACAUUAUCAGCGACCCGGUCCGCAAAUGCCCGUGCACCGAUGGCAAGUCAAUCUCUUGCAUGCCCCACCGUCAGCAAGCGGAGACAAUGAUGCGCAGCGCUGGGAGCGAGCCACAUGUUACAACCUACUCAACGUGAGUCAACAGCAAGCACCCAUCCUUGACGGACCGGCUGCAAACUGCGACGGCCCAAGCCAGUAUACCGCUGAUCCCAUGCUGGAAAAGCUAUUUCAGCGCAUUCAAGACCUUGACAUGCAAGCUGAAGACACCUUCAUCAAGCAGCUCAAGCCCACGUGGUGCCAACAUGCUGUCCAAGCGCUGCGCGCCCGCAAGCCGUCUGCUGACCCGAACCAAAGCCUAGACGAGUUUGCUGUUCGUGUGCGCCACACUGUUGGGUCAGUAGCGUGGCAGGAGCGCACAGACAACUAUGAGUAUCGUCACGUGGCCACCCAGCUCGGUGUACUCCACAUGUGCGGGUCGCUCAUGAAGACUGCGGCCUAA